AUGCCUCUCUCAGGCGCAUCUCAAAUCUCGUCCUCCUCACCUCUAUGUCCAAAAGUCACCCUUCCACCUGAUACGAUUAUCUCACGAGUAAAACCCGAACACCUUCCAUCGUACAGACGCUUGAUAGGCACAUCGCUUCCCAUCAAGUAUCCAGACAAAUUCUUUGCCCUUUCGACGACCGAGCCCAUCGAUUCGGGUACCAUAGCUCUUUGCGCAGUCCACAGUCCCCCACCAGAACCCUCGACAACCAAUAAACGGAAAGAAGAUGUAUAUAGUCUAUCACAAGGUCCGCAAGUCAUCGCAUGCAUACAAGCGCGUCUUGAACCGAUCCAUCCUCCAUCCUUGGGGCACAAGACAAGUAUUGGCACCCACGCCGCCAGUGGGCCAUCUUCCCAGCGACCCCACCCUCCACAGCCGGGGCUACAGCCUCAGCCUCCAUGCCAAUCAUUCAAAACCACAACACAAACAGAAUAUGACGGCGAAUACGCGAUAUACGUACAGACCCUGACAACAGCUCCCUCCCAUCGAACACUUUCCAUGGCCACCACACUCCUCGCCCAGCUCAUCUUUACUGCUCUCAGCACAUGGAGCGAGCCCAGCCCUUUGAACGUCUCCCCAUCAACCUCUGGGAACAAGAUCACGAUGGUAUACGCGCAUGUCUGGGAGAGCAAUGUCGAUGCGCUUGAAUGGUAUCAGAAUCGUGGCUUCGAGGUCUUGCCUGAAAAAGUGGAGGGAUACUAUCGCAAGCUGAGACCAAGUGGCGCUCGGGUUGUCAAGAGAGGGAUUGGUGUAAGGGAUCAUUUACAGGCAACGGAUGAACGAAGAUGUGAAAAGGGCCCGAAGAUGACAGAAGAUAUGGAAGAAAACAUAGCGUGUGGUGAUGGGGCACGAGAUGCCCCAUCACGGAAAGACGCGGGUUCUGGCUUUGAAAGCUAUGAGCGGUAG